UACAAAUCUUUCUCAAAGCGACUUCUCUUGUUUCUUCCCUUUCUGUACUCUCUGUCUUUCUCUUCUGAAUACAUAUCUCUUACCUACAAACGACUAACUCUUAAACAUAGAAAAACAAGUAUACACGAUAUAAAGUUGAAAAGAGCGGUCCAUGGACAAGAAAAAGUCAGUAUCGGGUUCCUCUGCAUCCUCCUCGUCUUCAUCUCUUGAUCAUCUUUUUGGUCCAAGAGUCUCUUCCUCGUCUUCUUCAUCAUCAACAACGGGAUUGUUCCAAUCCAUUUUCCCACCACCCUCAAUGGGGACGCAAGCGGAUUUGGCAAAUCGAAAUGGAGCUGCCAAAUAUCAACGUCCAAAUUUGGGGAUUCCAAAUGAAAGAGGAGAAAGGAGAAAAUAUAAGGAGAGGAAGGUUUACCAAAACGAAGAAACACAACCACCAUGCAACUUGAGCUCAUCAAUUUACUAUGGAGGCCAAGAGAACUAUUCUUCUUCAGCACCACCACAAUCAACAACCAAUCUAGAUGAUUAUAUGAAAGAUGGAGAGGAAAGCGGUUCUGAACGUGCUUCGAGAGGAAACUGGUGGGAAGGAUCGCUUUAUUACUAAAUAUCAAUCCUAGCUGAUGCCUGAUGAUGCACGAUAAGAAAAUGGAACCUCGAUUAAUUGAAUAUGGAAGGCGACGUAUAGAAAUAUACCUAGAAAAUAUAUGAAUAACAAAUUAAC